UAUGUGGUUUAGGUUUAUGCAGUAGAUCAAUGUGAUAUAACUGGAUGCAAAAGGAUACGAUUACAUAAUUUUAUUUGGCUCGAAACAGCACAAAGAUUGCAUAUGAAAGGGGUCUUGUUAAAUCAAUUUAAUAAACUUGAGCCAAAUAAUCAAGGCCAAGCAUGUUCCUUACCUGUUGCAAGAAGUGGUCAUCGCUGUGUGGCAGAUGACAAUAAUUUGUGGGUGUUUGGUGGAUAUAACCCUGAUAUUCGAAUUAUAAAUGGACAGCCAUCUGAUGGAUUACUCAGGGAGCUGUGGAAAUUUAAUUUAACAACAAAAGUUUGGAAACAACUGCCAUUACAUGAGAACAUGCCAGCUGAAGUAGCAUCUCAUGCAGUGUUCCGUCAUGGUAAGCAUAUGCUGGUGUUUGGUGGAACUGGUUUUCCAUUUGGUGAAACCAGUAGCAACAAGCUCUCUGUUUGUCAUUUGCCCACUGGACAGUGGAGAUUACUCAAUUGUAAUGGAUCUGUUCCUGACCCAGUAUAUGGACAGGCCAUUGCAGUUGUAGAUUCUGACCUUUAUGUUUAUGGUGGCACAGCGGGUCGCAUUUAUAACUCAGACGUUCAUAAGUUGAAUUUAAAUGAAUUAACUUGGAGCAGUUUAAAACCAAACAAUCCACCAGAAGACUUACCAUUUGAGAGGUAUCGACAUGAAAUUGCUGUGUAUGAUGGGAAACUAUAUGUGUUAGGUGGUGGUACCUCAACCCAAGUCUUCCCUUUGUUGUAUGUACAUGUUUACUCAAUAACUAAUAAUACAUGGACUACUGUGCGCACAGAAAAAAGACCAGAUUCAGACACUACUGUUCCUAAACCAAGAAGGUGCCAUAGUUGUGUACAGUUUGGUGAUAAAGCCUUUAUUUGUGGAGGGUAUAAUGGUAGGACAAUUUAUGGUGACCUAUGGCAGUUGCAUCUGCCUAGUCUUGUUUGGACAAAAAUCGCAGACAUGCCAGAACCGGUGUUUUUCCAUUCUGCAGCAAUUACACCAGAGGGUUGCAUGUUGGUCACAGGUGGUAAUAUAUGUAUCACUCCAACCAUAAGAACCAAUUCAAGCUACAGUAUCUGGCUUACUGUUCCUUCCUUACAAACACUGUGUUGGAAUAAGCUGAUUGAGACCAUGCCACAGUUGCUUUCCAUGACAAAAAAGCAACUUCUCGAAUUGGGAAUAAAUGAACAUUUUGUUAAGAAACUGGAAUGUGCAGUUGGUGCCUGAAAUUCAAAUGGGAGUGCCUUGCUAUUAAUGUUUUUUAAGUUAUAGUUUUGUCCUUUUUAGUUAAUAUGCAUCAUUUACUUCUUUUCCUGUUUUUGUUUUUACCAUUUUUUUUGUUAUCAUGAAUUUCUUUUACGACAGCCAACCGCAAUUUGCAAUUUUUAUUUGACAUUAAAAAGUAAAUUACAGCAUAAUGAUGAUUGGAUAAACAUUUAUUGUUUUUGGUCAAUAGAAGAAGCAGCUGCAAUUGCUCUAGUUUGUGAAGUGCUGUGCGCGUUAUUUUUAUCAAUACUAUCAAUUGAUGCACUUUCAUUCGUGUUGUUUAUCUCAUUUUCAUCGUUAUUACUCGCUUCUUUCUUUUCCUCAGUUGGCCGAUAAAUGUCUUUAUGCUCACUAAUACAUUCUUCCCAUUUGGUGAA